AUGCCUGACCUGUUAACAGCCUCAAACAAGCUUGUUCAAUCGCUGAAGGAGGAACUGAAUGCGCAAUCUGCAAUGGCGAGACAAGGCGAGCAGGUGCGCCAGCAACUAGAGCUUAGCGAAAAUAAUGUUUGCGACUUGGAGAAAAAAAUAUGCGACCUGGCAGAAUCCUUAUCGAAUGCUCGGUCUGAGGUCAAGUCGCUUUCUGCUAAACUUUCAGCGAGCAGAGCUGCGGAAGCUAGUGUGAAAAAUCCAGGAAGCACAUUCAAGCCUGGGGAAAUGGGCCAUAAAUCAGCCCCAUCGGAAAUUGUUCUCACAGCGCAAGCAAAGGAAGACCUAUAUGGGGAUUUAACCGGUCUUAUUGUCCGGGGGAUGAAGCGUGGUGAUAGUGGAAAUGUCUUUGACUGCAUUCAGACCGGGAGGAACGGGACUCUGCACUUCAAGCUUGCCCUGGAUAAUGGAGAGGAUCCCGAAAGCUACAAUGACAUUCAAUUCACAUACCGGCCUCAACUUGAUACAGACCGCGAUAGUGACUUGAUUAGGAUGCUACCGGACUACUUGGUCGAAGAAAUCACUUUUCCGCGAACGCAGGCAUCCAAAUUUUACAGUAGAGUGAUUAAAUCACUCACCGAGAGACUGGAUUAA